AUGGCCAGUGUUAGUGAUAAAGGACAAGAUCAUCUUUUUGAUAGAAAUAUUUUAUUUCAACCAACAAGAUCAUCAGCUGGGUCCAACACAUCACAGUCAAGAAAAGUGAAUGGAAAAAAAAAGAAACAAUGCAAUGAGAGGACAUGGACAGGAACCUUUGUUUGCUUGUCAGAUAAAGACACUGAAAGGGUCCCAACCGCUGUAGAAAAGUAUGAACUCGUUAAAGCUGGUUUGGGACCAAAACGUGUACAAUUUGAGGUACACGAAGAGGAAGAGACAGUAAAAGACAAGUUAAUUACAGCUUUUCCCAAAUUGUGUGAAGCUGGUGGUUUCGAGCUCCUAAGAUGUCAGAGUAAUUGUAGGCAAUUGCAGCCUAUCAAUGGCCGUAGGAGUGUUGAAAUCUUAAAAACCAUUAUUGGUCAGGCUAAAGUGUUCAUUAGACCCAUUCAAAAAAACCUAUCAACAAAACCAUUAGAUGAAGUUUCUGAGAAUAACACAGACAUUCAUGAAAAAUGUUACCAAUGUGAACAUUUCUUUGCUGUGUGUAGCCUAAGAGAACAUUUAAAAACAUGUGAAGGAAACAAAAUCAUAAAUGAUGUUGAAUGUGAAGAUGAUCCCGAAUCAACAGAUCACAAUGCAGUAGAUUUACAGUUGAACAGACCAACAGUUGACAAUAAUCAUGAAAACAAUAAUGGUCCUCAACCAAAUACAGAGCAGAAUAUAAGUACUUCCAAUAACACACAGAAUAAUGUAGUUGUGCUAAGUGAUGAUAGCUUACCAGUUUUCAGUUUCCUUUCUAAGCUCUCAGCCGAAACAGGAAGCACAAUACUUAUUCAAGAUGUAGUUGAUUCCGAAGAACAAAAAACACAUGCAUCUGAAACUGUUGUAUCAGCCAAUAAUGGCAAUAUUUCAACUGACAUGUUGCGCAGUAUGCAAUUAGAAGAAAUCCUUAAGUAUGCCAUAAGGUAUUGUAAUGAGAACAACAUGGAAAACCCAGUUGAUGUAUUAAGAUACAUACAGUGCAUUCUUGUACAGGGCCGACCAUUGGAUAUUGAGGCAAUAGACUCGACAAUAGAGGGGGAAACUAACUAUGUGGUGAUUGAUAGACAUAACAUACUGGAAAGUAGUUUGGAAGAAAUUAGGGCAUUAGAAAACCUGAGACUUACAUUGGAGGUUCAGUUUUAUGAAGAAAGUGCUGUAGACCUAGGUGGGCCAAGAAAAGAAUUCUUUGGUACAAUCCUGAGAGCAAUAGCAGAUAACUACUUUGAGCCAAUCAGACCUUGGUCAGAUGAUUAUGAAACCAUUGGUCAAAUUAUAGCUCUCAGUAUUUUGCAGAAUGGUCCAUUGCCUUCAUUUCUGACACCUGAGAUAUGUGAUGAGCUCCUGUAUGGUGAUUCUCCACGUUCAUUUGUUAAGGACCUUAGAAAAGGGAUAAAUGCACUUGGUCUUCAAGAGCUGGUACUUGGUAUUCCCUGUCUGAAGUUUUUAUUUUACCCGGGAACACCCAAACCAGUUACACUGAAAGCAGUUACAAAUCUGUUUACUCCUGAGUUCAGCCCAGAUGGUUCAAACAGUAGAAGUCAGGAAACCAAAGUUUUUAUGAGAUUUAUCAAGUAUCUUCGUGAAGUAGCAGGUGGGAGAAGAGGACAAGUCACACUUAGGAAAAUAUUAGAGUUUGCUACUGGAUCUGAUGAGGAGCCAAUCUUAGGAUAUAGAAUCAAGCCAUCUUUAGUAUUUGUCACCAACAGUGUGCCAUCAUUCAUUCCUAUGUCCAAUACAUGUAUCAACAGAUUGACUCUUGUUAAAGCAACGAAUGGAGAAAGUUUGCCAACAGAUGAUGUUUUGUUUAAUUUGUUUGACUAUGCAUUUUCUAACAAUUAUUUUGGACUGCAAUAAUGCAAUAAUUACUGAAUAUUGGUUGCAUUUGAAGUAAUAAGGAUUAAUGUGGUAGCAAGUUCGCAACAGAUGUAAACAUGUGAUAAUUACAGAAAAACAUAUAAGGAAGCUUCUUGUGUGAUUUAAUUGGAAGAUUUUGUAGGGAGACUUAAGUAUACAAAUGACUUUUUAUUGAUGCCCUUUUGUUCCUGUUGUAUGGUCUGCUUGUCCAUAAGUCAAGAUUAUCUCAAACAUUUUGCAUAAUUGAUCUAAACAAAUUAAGGAGUAAUUUUGAUGGAAAAAUUUUUAAUCUUCUUAGUGCUUGGCUUUCAACAAAAAAUUGUAAAUACAUGUGUAUGCAUAACAUGCUAAUUUCAUUGAUUUUUUAAAACUAAUACAAAUACAUGAAAUAUCAGAAAUUAUUUUUGUGAAAAUUGAAACACAAUCUGUGGUAAAAACAGUUUUAUUCCUUGCCAUUUGUCACAGAAUUGGGAUGGAAUAGGGAUGAAAAUCUAGCAAUGGCAUGAAUUCUGAAUGAAGAAUACCGAUAGGCUUUAUAUCUUACAUAUAAAUGCAUUAUGUUUUGAUUUUGCUGUCUAACAUAUAUCCAUUUUCAUUGUUCAGACAUAACAAAUAACUAUAGGUUAUUGUUUGUCAAUUGUUUUUUUCCAGUUAUAGGAUAUAUCUAUAUGUGUUCUAUAGAAUAAUUGCAAGGUAUACAUGUCAGACAGGGUUCACUGGACAUUGACCUGAUUUCAUAUAACUUUAUAUCGAAUAUAUGCUGAUGCGUGAUGUUGUUUUUUUCUAUAAUUUAGCAUAAAUGCUAUAACAGAAAUCUGUUGGAAGAUUUUUCAUUAUUUGUUGUUUUUUAUUGGCAAGCAUUAAGAAAUGCUAUUAAAUUGUAUCUUCUAUAUAUAAAUAUAUAUCCCCUUGCGUUGAAGUGCCUGUGAAAAAUGUAUUUAUUCCACUUUUUAGCUCACCGUUUAGAAGGAACUGUAAGCUUUAGCCAUCACUUAGCGUCUGUUGCGUCUGUCUGGUGUAAACUAUUUCAAACAUCUUCUCUGAAACUACUGAACCAAUUCCUACCAAACUUAAGCUGUAUAAUUAGCAAAAAUAAUCAUUGAUGAAAGAUUUAAGCAAUAAUUACAGGUGAGCGAUUCAGGCUCUUGAGAGCCUCUUGUUUAAGGUUUUUGCCUCAUCAUGCAAAUAGCAAGGUGAGCAUAUGCCAUUACUUGGUGUCUUUGUUAACAUUUUACAUCUUGUCUUAAGCUACUGAGGGUUGUUCCAUUAAACAUACUCAAACCAUAAAGAAGGGACUUCAAUAAUGUCAUCUAAGGGUGGGUGUUUUUAUCAGGUUUUCAAGAAAUUUAAAAAUAGCUUCUAUGGAUGGUGACACCAUUUCAAUUUUAUUGCCCAGCAUGGGUACCACAUGGGUUUUAAUGGAACAGCUCUGUGGCAUCUUUAACCAAACAUGGAAUAAAUGUUAUAUGAAAUAUCCUUUUUAUAAAAGUAACUACUUUUGCAGAUAAUAAGGUUUGUACCAAAAUAAAAAUAAACUUAAUGCAAUGAAUUGGUUGUCAAACAUCAGAAUACUUUAUUGAAUAUUUGGGUUGGUGUAAAAUGUUAUUUUGAUUUUACCAAAACAUAAUUCUGUGGGAAAUUGUUGAUGUUAUUUCAUUAUUUGUUGUUUAUUUGCAGACAUUAAAAGAUGUUGAUGAAACAUA